GGAGAAGGUGAGAUAGAAAGAUGAUUUGCGGUGGUGCUUUGACACAUGUUGCUUUAGGCUUAACCGCCUUCCUCCUCUUCGCCGUUGUUCACAGCCAGGAGAAGUGCAGCAGAACCUGCAUUGCACAGAAAUGCAAUGUUGUCAGCGUUCGCUAUGGGAAGUAUUGUGGGAUAGGUUACUUUGGAUGUCCUGGAGAGCCACCUUGUGAUGAUCUUGAUACUUGUUGUAUGAACCAUGACAAUUGUGUUGGUGUAAAAGGUAUGACUUAUGUUAACUGCCACAAGCAGUUCCAGCGUUGCGUAAACGAGCUAAAAAAAUCAAUCCAACAAUCUAACAACCAAAAGGUUGGAUUUUCCAAGCAAUGCCCUUAUUCAACAGUGAUACCAACCGUGUACAGGGGAAUGAAUUACGGCAUUUUCUUCAGUGGGAUAGGUAAUAUCAUUAAACCUAAGAAGCCAGCAAGCGCCGCGCCCGUAGUGGAGGUGGAUCUAGCUCGGAGUAAAGCAGACACAAAAGAUGGUCUUGGAACAAAUCAAGGCCCUCAAACAAAAGAUGGUUCCAAAGUCUCUGUUUUGAUGAACCCUUCUCCUUCUUGAUCAUUAGGUGACUCAUAACUCUCAAGUUUUGUAGAUUCUUUAACUUUGUUUUUUAUGAAAAAUGAUCAAGAUCUUGAAAUUCUGUCAGGUUCAUGGUUUCCAGGUCAAAGCCAAAUAGCAGUGACUAGUGAGUGGAUUAGCGGACCAUGUAUUAUAUACAUACUUUAGUUUCUAUUGUACUCUAGAUGUGAGGAUUCAAAACAAAUUCAUAAUCUUAUA